AUGCACUCUAUCCAAGAGUACGACGAGGAGAACGUCAGCGGAGGCAACUCUACGGGGCGUGCUGAUGUCGCGUCCUUGAAACCCCCUUCCUUUGCACAAAGCGAAUUUCAAACCAUAGUGAGAAGACAGCGUCAUGGAGGAGAUCCUGAUGGUCUCAAAGUCGGCCAUCGCCACGAGCGCCAUCCGCACCUCCGGAAUGACUGGGAGUUCUCGGGCUGGGGGUCAAUGCAGUACCUAGAUAUCCCUGACAGUGAACUCUCAGCGGCGCAGUCGCGAUUCGAAGCCCCACGCCAUUACCUCAAUCGUCUACUUGCAUGUGCCGUUGCGGGUAACGACAUCACAGGAGGAGUGUUCUACACGUUCCCACUAGUUGCGGCUGCGGCGGGGGUUUAUGCUCCCAUAUGUUUGGUCUUGGCUUGCCUCCUGCUAUCGCUACUGCGACCCCUGCUGUUGGAGCUUGCAUCUGCUGCGCACCUUAAUGGGGCGAACUACAUCUAUCUUCUUCAAUUCUCCGGCAAGACGAUGGGCGUUAUUGGUGCCACUGCUACAUUAUUGGAUGCGAUCUGCACAUCUACCGUAUCUGCCGCCACGGCCAGCUCCUAUCUCUCUGGAGAGUUUACUCAUCUACCUGUAUCACCUGGAGUCAUCACCAUAGUCUUACUGAUUGGGCUGGGUCUCCUGGCCUUGGCCGGUCUACGAGAGAGUGCAUCAGUAUCCGCUGCAAUCUUUGCCUUUCAUAUUCUCACCAUGACUGUCCUCUUCAUCACGUCCGUCGUGCACUGGGCAACCACGGAUCCUCACUCGUCUGUAUUGAGAUCCAACUGGGCGACAAGACCCGGCGCAGCAGGGGACACCCUUCACUCGCUCUUCUUCGGGACGUGCAUCGCAUUCUUGGGAGUGACAGGCUUUGAAUGCACGCCCUCAUAUGUCGAGCAUUUACGUCCGCGGACAUACUCCCACGUCUUACGCGACCUCAUUAUCGGCGGCACGCUAGUCAACGGAUUGCUCUCCUUCGCAGUCUACGCAGUUCUUCCAUCGACCACUAUCCUUGAGGGCAACAACGUUCUUUCUACGCUUGCCGAGGUCUCGGGUGGAGGCAAAUGGCUGCGGUACUGGACCGUUGUUGAUGCUGUCUCCGUACUACUUGGGGGAAUCUUGACUGGCGUUGUCACGGCCGGGACGUUGCUUGAUCGCCUCGCUAAGGACCGGCUAUUGCCACAGUUCUUCCUGCUCAAGCUCCCCGUCACGGGCAGCGCAUACAUUGCCACGCUUUUCGCUCUGGGAUUAUCUUUGCUCUUAUACGUGGCAUCGGCUCUGAGCCUCGAGACCGUCUCGGACAUGUUCUCCGUAUCAUUCGUCUUUGAGCUUCUUCUGUACGUCAUCUCGACGCUUCUAUUGAAGUUCAAUCGACCACAUCUUCCUGUGUCAUACCGUGCAUCUAUGCCUACCGUCCUUUGUGCGUUUGUGGCCAUGCUUGCCAUGUGGAUUGGGAACAUAGUCGCCAACCCUCUCUCACUCGGCUUGUGGGCUGCAUCUUUCGCCGUCGUCUUCUCAGCUCUGCUUCUUGUUACUGCGCAACCUUACAUAGUGCGCCUAUUGCUCCGACUACACGGAUCUAGCCCGCUUGCAACGUAUGAGUGGACCGCGGGAUGGGCGGAGCGUUUGGUCAAAUGGUAUCGACGCAGCCGAAGUGCCCGCAUCUGCGUGUGGAUCAAGGAUGAUAAUAUCCAUACGAUGCUACAAGCGCUCUUGUCAGUGCAGAAGAACUCGCCGGACGCACGGACGGUCGUCUUUGUGCAUGCAUACUCGAACAUUGACCAUAUUCCCAGCGAACUUCACCCCAACGCCCGGCUACUUGACGAAGCCUUCCCUUCCAUCACCAUUGACCUGUCUUUCGUGCAGGGGUCCUUUGGCCCAACACUUGUGGAAGCUGCUUCAAGCAUCAUGAACAUCCCGCGCAGUCGCAUGUGUCUCAUCACACUUGGUCAAGACCAUUCGUGGUCACUGGCUGACUAUGGCGGCGUACGCGUCAUUAUGUGA